UUUUUAUAGUCGUUAAAAAAAAGUAAACAAGCAAAAUAUUCGUUCUCAGAAAUCUACGGUGGAUUUUUUUUGUUUAAAGAUUCUUACAGGAAUAAUUUUAUAGUUUCCUUUGAACAAUUUUUUUAGUGAAAAAAGAUAAGAAUUUGUUUUUUUGUCGCUAAUCGUAUAGACAAGACGUAUUCGCUUAUAUUCUGCCUAAAAUAAGCACAGGCGUUAAUGUUACAAGUUAAGAUCAUCAACCCAUGUACCGAAUACAAAUCACAACUUAUUUAGACAUCCCUACACAAUUUAAUCUUUAAUAUAGCUAGAGAAGAUAUAUUUUUUUUCCAUCUAUUCCGAUUUUACCAUGAUAAAUUUAUCGGAAUUCAUAUUUUAAUCCUCGAUCUCGCGUUACUUAUAUACAAUUCCAACAUCUCAUAAAUGAUUGAUUCCCUUCAUUUCCCAAACUUUUUUAACGAAUAUUAUGAAAAGGACAGAUUUAUACAUAUGCUAGAUUUAUAUUGUCCCUUAAAUCUAUAUUCCCUGUUUCCAACCCUCUCUUCAUCUUUACAAAAAAAUAUCGAUUCCAAAAUUCGCCAAAAUUGAGCGAAUACUCACAGCUCUUUCCACUCUCAACUCCACCAUAUCCACGACGUCUAACCAUCUUCACCACAAUUACAACAACAUCCUGUCCAAGAUGGCUGUUUCACGGGUGUCAACCCCGCCCCCAAACGAGGUCACAUCUUGCCCCAUAGCCGAAAAUUGGUGUUACACACAGGUAAAAGUCAUAAAGUUUUCAUACAUGUGGACCAUCAACAACUUUACCUUUUGCAAGGAAGAAAUGGGCGAAGUGCUCAAAAGUUCCCCCUUUUCCUCCGGAGCCAACGACAAAUUAAAAUGGUGCUUGCGAGUGAAUCCGAGGGGUUUGGAUGAAGAAAGCAAGGAUUACCUUUCCCUUUACCUACUACUCGUCUCGUGCAAUAAAACAGAGGUCAGGGCCAAAUUUAAAUUCUCCAUACUUAACAGCAAAGGAGAGGAAACCAAAGCUAUGGAGAGCCAAAGAGCUUAUAGAUUCGUUCAGGGUAAAGAUUGGGGCUUUAAAAAAUUUAUACGCAGAGAUUUUUUGCUAGACGACGCUAACGGUCUGCUACCAGAUGACAAGCUCACAUUAUUUUGCGAAGUAAGCGUGGUAGCCGAAUCCGUUAACGUAUCAGGCCAAACUAACCUCACUCCCUUCAAAGUUCCCGAGUGCAAACUAUCCGAAGACCUGAACGCCCUUUUCGAGAGCCAAACUUUCAGCGACGUCGUGCUGUGCGUCGAAAAGAAAGAGUUCAAAUCCCACAAAGCCAUUUUGGCUGCCCGCUCCCCGGUGUUUGCCGCCAUGUUCGAACACGAAAUGGAGGAACGGAAGCUCAAUCGCGUCGAAAUAACCGAUUUAGAGGAAGAAGUUCUGAGGGAAAUGUUGCGAUACAUAUACACCGGACGUGCCUCCAACCUUGAAAGAAUGGCCGAUGAUCUUCUGGCCGCCGCCGAUAAAUACGCCUUAGACCGACUCAAAAUAAUGUGUGAGGAAUCCCUCUGUUCGAAUCUCAACGUGGAGAAUGUGGCGGAAACUUUUACGCUGGCCGAUCUUCACAGCGCCGAACAACUAAAACUGCAGUGCAUCGAUUAUAUCAAUAGCCACGCAUGCGAAGUAAUGGAAACAGUUGGUUGGAAAAAUAUGGUGCACUCCCAUCCCCACCUUAUAGCCGAGGCUUUCCGAGCUUUAGCCAGUCAACAAAUACCUACCCUAGGGGGACCACCUAGAAAACGAAUAAAACAAUCAUAAAUCUCAUUCCGCCAUAUUUUUUACGAAUUAUUUUAGUAUAUCACGCUUGGACUCAACGCGACAUCUCAACAACAUUUAUUGUUUAUUAGAUGACAUAAUACUACUACAUUCUUUUCGUCCACGUUUAAAAAUUUGAUUUUCAGCUUUAUAAAUCCUGGGGAAAAAUUGUAUUUUAAACCUAUGUAACAAAAUCUUUAAUAAGUAUUUUUGUCUAUAUUUGCUACCCUUAAAGCAAAAAUUCAAAUUAUUUUCAAUAAAAAAUGCAGUUGUUUUUCCAGUAUAUUUUUUCUUUUUUGUCGAAUAAUUUAUUUUUUUAAUGUUUUAUUCGUAAAUUUAUAUAUUAUUAACCGUCUCUCAUAAAAAGUGUAUAUAUAUUAUUAUUUCAAAAGUUUAACGUUAACACGACCAAUUCACUUGGCUCACUUAGCCCUGACACAUAUUUUUUGAUAUUAAAAUUAACCCCCCCCCCUUCGUCGAUAAAUGUUUAUAUGUAAAAUAUUUGACUAUAAAUAAAAAUUCACUGAUCCAUCACUUAUAUAUUACCAAAAAUAUAUAUAUGUAAUAAUACAAUAUUGAGAAUACGACAUUACCAUUUAUAAUAAUUUUUCUUUUGUUUGUAUAAAUAUUAUUUUUUUAUUACUCAUUUUAAUUAUAGAAGAACACUGUGUUAUAUUUACAAUUUAU